AUGUUCGGGCUAAGCGAUGGCAGUUCAAGGUCCUCCAGGAUGUUGGCUUUUGUCGCGGCUGUGAUCUUGCUGAAUAGCUCGGCUCCAGUGGCUUUCGCAUUGAAAACCACACCAGGUUCUCCCUGCACAGAUGUGUGUGGUAAAACGACCAACACUACAUCGUCCGAGAUUGCGUGUUUGGAUCAAUCGUAUGAUAAAACCUCGGUGGGGAAAAGUUUCGAAAAAUGCAUCUCCUGCCAGUUGGACAGCCAGUUCCACGAUAUGAAUACCGGGGAAUCGGACGUGAACUGGGGGCUCUAUAACCUGCGCUACGCUUUUUCAACCUGUGUGUUUGGAUCUCCAGAGUCGGUCUCAAAUGUCUCUUCACCAUGCCCAGUCGCAUGCGAUAGCGUGCGUGUAGCAGUUGGAACCCAUCUUGAAGACCCGGACACAUCGAAUCUGAACUCGUGGUGUGAAACCAAAUCGUUUGCCGAUAAUGUCGUUGACGCCUGCGAGUUCUGCUAUAACUUGACCUCCACCCAAGUUUACAUGGCAAACUUCCUCGAGUCCAUCCGCUACAACUGCCAUUUCAAGACAGCAACGGGAAAGCCCUUCAACAUAGCCCCAACGAGAAUCUUCAGCCAAUCCCUACUCCCCUCUAGUUUGUCUCUCACAACGCCCGGCGCGAAACAUUCAAACCUGAAUCUGGGAGUGGUGAUUGCCGUUCCAAUCGUAGGAUUUCUAAUCCUCGUCACGGCGCUCACAGUGUGUUGCUUCUUCUUCGUCCGGCAUCGACGCAGAAAGGUUGGCCGGAGCCGCCAGUCACCUCAAAUGUACAACCGCUGGCACGAGGCAUCCGGUGCCUCACCGACCAGCGCGCAGCUGCAGCAGCAAGUCUGGGCUGAGCAACAGAUGUAUAACUCUGGCGUGUAUGGGCACGGGUUAGGCUUUGGCUUUAUUGAUAAUGAUGGCCGCGGACAGGAGCUUGCGUAUGGCCAUGCACAGGACCAACAAUAUCAAAGCCAACAGUACCAACAACACUAUCAGGGUGAGGAUAAGUCAGGUGUCUCCCAGGACAUUAUUGAACAGCCUGGUCAACAGCAGUACCAGCAACAGCAGUACCAGCAACAGUAUCAGCAGCAGCAGGAUGCUCAGGUUCAGGAUCACCCUCAGGUCUUUGACCCAGAUCAAAAGCAAAAGGACCCUCAGUGGUAG